AUGGAAAAGCUGUACAAUGACAAAGCCAAAGCCAGGGAAAAAGAAAACGAAAAUAAAACAAGGGAAAGACUAGUCGCGAUAGACGGCGGAAUCGACGAGACUCCCUCCCUUCCACCGCCGGCCAUGAAACCUCCGCCGCUGCCCGCGUCCGCCAAAGCCCGACCUCUCCCGUGGAUCUCGCCACUCCAAUACCGCAGCCCCACCCGCGCCGCGCCGCCCCCGCCCCCUCCGCCGCCGUCCUCGCCGCCGCCGCGCUACGUCGACCACCCGGACCUCGCGCGCCUCAUCGCCUCCUCCCAGUCCGGGCAGCGCGCGCUCGACCUCUUCAACGCCGCCGCCGAGCAGCGCGGCUUCUCGCACACCGCGGCCACCUUCUCCGCGCUGCUCAUCCGCCUCGCGCGCGCGCGCCUCCCGUCCGCCGCCGCCGCGGUCCUCCGCCGCGCGGCCUCCACGCCCUGCCGCUUCCUCGAGCCGCACUUCCUGCCGCUGCUCCGCCUCCUGCCGCCCGACCACGCGCUCACGCUCCUCCGCCUCCUGCCCUCGCUGCUCCGCCGCACCCGCGUCUCGCACAAGGCCCUCGCCGUCUGCCUCGACCGCCUCGUCUCCUCCCGCUGCCCCGGCGUCCUCUCCGCCCUCAUCGCCGACCUGCGCGACCCCAGGAACAAGUACCUCCCCACCCCCAACACCUGCGUCUACAACAUCCUCAUCAAGCACUACGUCAAGAGCGGCGACUCCGAGACCGCCUUCAGGGUGCUCGACGAAAUGCGCGAGUACACUUGUGGCGACGUGAGCCCAGACCUGGUCACCUACUCGACCUUGAUCGGCGGGCUGUCUCGUGCGGGUAAGAUGAAGGAAGCGUUUGAACUGUUCGAGGAGAUGAUCGAGAAAGACCACAUCGUGCCGGACCAGCUGACGUACAACGUGAUCAUCGACGGGUUCUGCAGGCUGGGGCAGGUGGAGAAGGCGCGGACCAUGUUCGGAUUUAUGAGGAAGAAUGACUGCGAGCCAAAUGCUUUCAACUACGCCACUCUUAUGAAUGGGCAUUGUAGGAAAGGGGAUGUGGACAACGCGAAGCUGGUGUUUGAGGAGAUGAGGACUGCUGGGGUGGAGCCAGAUGCUGUCAGCUACACGGCACUGAUCGGGUGCCUUUGUAGACAUGGGAGUGUCGAUGAGGGGAUCGAUCUUGUGAUGGAGAUGAGGGACAAGGGAUGUAAGGCUGAUGUCGUCACAUACAAUUUGCUGAUCGAGGGGCUGUGCAAAGAUGGGCGGAUGGUGGAAGCGAUGGACUUGCUCGGGAGAGUGCCACUGGAAGGAGUCCAGCUGAACGUCGCAAGCUAUCGGAUUGUGAUGAAUAGUCUGUGCUCACGUGGAGAGAUGGAGAAGGCCGUUGGCUUGCUGGGACUGAUGCUCGGACGAGGAUUUCGACCACACUAUGCAGCCUCAAACACCCUGUUGAUUGGUCUGUGUGACGUUGGCCGUGUAGCAGAUGCCACGGUCGCAUUGUAUGGAUUGGCCAAAGUUGGAUUCAUGCCAGAGGCUACUUGUUGGGAAAAGCUGAUCGAGGCUGUGUGCCGCGACAGAAAGCUUAGGAGAUCUGUUGAGCUUCUGGAUGUCUUGAUUACAGAAGGGUAAUCAAGUGAACUCAGCACCCAGUAUGGCUCUACUUUUUUACCGGAAAGAGGAUGCAAAUCCGGUAUAAAGGUCGCUCAACAAUGGAGUAAUGACACAGUGAAGAAAGCACUUCCACGCAAGAUGAUCAGGCACGUUUGAUCUAUAUGCAAUCCAGAACUUAUCACAAGCAAGAUGCAGUCCAGAAAAUAACGCAGGGGGCGUGUGAUCUGCAACAGAACCUUGUUCGCAACCAAACGACAACAAGGCUGGCAUCCUGAGGCAGUUUGCUCCGAUGAAGUCCACAACCAUUGUGAGUUGGGGCAACCUUUUAAGCUGGGCAUGGAGCAUUGAUUACCUUGAUGUUUUCGUGCCCAUAUCAAAAUAAUUGGCAUCAGCACUGACCAAGGAAACUGAAGAUGAAAUACCAUGUGGAAGACAUGUGCUCAUUUUCCUGGUGUGUCUUCUACUCAGUCUCAGAUACAUUUACCUGGCUUAGUGCUGACCAAUGGUCAGAUCACCGAAACAACCUUGAUGAAUUGAACCUGUCUCUUAUCUUCUUUUAUCAUUCUUUUGCUGCUAUUUUGUGCACUCGUCAGUGAGACUCUUAUCAUCCAUGGUAUCUAAUUGUAGUUAUUUGCUUCAGCACACAUGCUUUACAAAGGAAAUAGUUAUUAUCCAGAUAUGAUAUGAUUGAGAUUUUUUCCUUGGACAAU